AUGGCGGCGCCUGUGCUUGACGCUGCGCUGCAAGAAUUCGCGAGCACCUUCGAUCUUUCCAAGGCGCCCGCUUUCGUCCGCUGCCCAACAUGCCAACGACUGCUCUUGAAUGCUUUCAAGGGCGGCUGUUGCGACACUUCUAUUUGUGAGCUCUGUUUCAACGAUGCCAAUAAUGCAUGCCCGCAAUGCGCCCACAAGCCUUACAAUGGCGACACCGUCAAGCCUAGCACGAAGAAAGCCAAGGCCGACGAGCAGACUGCGGCACUAGUAAAAGUCACUGAGACGACUUCACAGCCGCCUGUUAAUGGAUCGUCCGAGAACGAAGCGAAUGGGCAUGACCACAUCGAAGUGAAUGGUACAGAGCCUGCCACUACGGCAGACGAGGUCAUGGCUUCUGUAGAGACUCAAGAAGACGUCGACGAUCCAUCGCUCGAUAAGACCGAAGCUGGAGAUGACGACGUCGAGUUUCAAGUUGAUCUCGAUCCAGACGACCCAGACUAUGUUCCGCCGCACAUUCCCCAGGACGAUGAUGAGGAGUAUAAUCAGAACGCAACCACACAAGCAGAGGAAGAGACAACACAAAACACGUCGGUGCAGCCACCUCAUCGGGACUUGCAGAAUGGCCGCAAAAUGUCAAGGCAGGAGAACGAUACGAAUGACUUUGGCUUCCAGAACGCGAAUCAGAAUAAUCCCAUGAUGAAUACCCCUCUGUUCCAGCAAAUGCAACAAAUGCAGAACAUGAUGGGGUUUCCGAACAUGAUGAAUAUGAACAUGGGCAUGGGCUCGAUGGGAAACAUGUUUGGCAACGGUGGUAUGAAUGGCAUGAACAUGAACAUGAUGAGUCCACAAAUGCUACAAGCAUUCCAGAACAACCCAAUGUGGCAGAAUAGUAGUGCAAAUGCAUUCCCGAACGCCAUGGCUGGUAAUAAUUUUGGCUUCCCAAAUUUCAACCAGAACCAGUAUCCCAACGGUGAUUUCAAUCAGUUCGGUGGGCGUGGUCGUGGUCGAGGUCGAGGGCGCGGUCGAUGGAACAACAAUGACCGUGGCCGAGGCCGAGGCAACUUCCACAACUACUUUGAUAACAAUCAUCAUAACAACUUCCAGGCAGGAAAUCAACACAUGAACGAUGACGACGAAUUCGCUCCUGGUGGACAGGAAGAAGUUCAAGAAGCACUUGGAGACGAUUACACGAAGAAGGAAGAGGUCAAAGAGCUGACGCCGCCCGCUGUAGAGCCGGAGAUCGUGAAUGGUGCGCCUGCCCCCGAGGAUGUGGUGCUGACGGAGGUGGAAGCUCAGGAAGAGGUCCCACAACAGCAGACUCAGUCACCAAUACCAGUAGGGCCCUCUAAACCAGUUCCAGAAGCGUAUGCGGAAGAUUUGGACGUGCCCAUGGCUCCACCAGCCGCUCCUUCAGGACCUUCGCGUCAUAACGAGAAGGACUUUGGCUUUCGUUCUCGUGGGCAAGGACGAUUCGCUCGCAAUCGUGGAUCCCUUCACCUUUCCAAUGGCCACCCGCCCUCCCCAAUCCGUCCCGGAUCCGCCCAGUCAACAACGCCCACGACGGUUGAGCAACCAGGCGUCGUGGGCGCUCCUACUGGUCCUCGAGCCAUGCGGGAGCCACCGCAACCGGUCAGAAAACCCAGCGGCGGUUUCCAGAUCCUUGGUCGAGGAUCACUUGCGCAGCGAACAUCAGAACGGCGGAGUCCGAGCCCUGAGCCGUACAACGAUGACCGCAGAACGUCCAGGGACGGCCGGCGAGAUGAGUACGAUGAUUAUGAUCGACGAGGGAGCCAUCGUCGAUCCUCGCGAUACGAUCGAAACGGCGACCAUGACAUUCGCAGCGACGACGAUUCGUACUCGCGAUCUAAUUCGCACGACCGAUCUCGAAAGUCCUCUCGACGAGACAAGGACAAGUACGAGAGUCGAUCGUCAAAGCACGAACGACGAAGUGAUAAAGACUACGAUAACAACGGCUAUCAAGACGGUGAUGACGACGCCGAUCGGUCACAUCGCCGUGAUCGCAAAUCCCAUCAUGAUCGGGAUCGACAUCGUGAUAGUGAUCGUGACAAGGACAAAACCCGUGAUCGAGAUCGUGCCGACCGCGACAGAGAGCGCGAAGAUCGUCAUCGCGAGAAGGACAAGAAACGAAGACGGGAGCGAGACGCAGACGAUGAAGAAGACGACUACGACAGCUCCCGGCACAAGUCCAGGAGGCACCGCAAGGACCACGAGUCGAAGUCGAGUGCGCGCUACGACGACGCGAACGGCACAAAUGGGCGGUCAUCAAGCCGUCGAGCAAGUCAGGUCCAGGACACAACUAUGACAUCCAGGGAAGAAGAUGUUGAUCCUAUAGCAAACGCGCGCGAGGAGGCCAAUCGUAAGAGGCUGCUGAAGGAGCAGGAGCGCAAAGCUGCACGUAAUGGCGGUAGUGGUGGCACGUCGCGGUCACAUACUGCCCCUCGGCGGCAGAUGAGCUUCAAGUAUGAAGAUGAGGUUGAGAGGGGGAUGGUAGAGGGCGAACGUGAGAGGAACCGUGCGAGAUGGCGAUAG